AUGGCCCCGGCCGCCCGCCGACGCUGCUCCGCGGCUCCCGCUCACUGCACACGCCGAGGCAUGGGCCGGCGCCCAAGCUGCGCUGCCCACCCCGGGGGGGCUCCUCCGCUCCUUCCUCUUGUCCCCACCCCGCUGCGCCUUCCUGCAGACGGUGCGGAGCGGCAAAGGGAAGCCUCGGCUGACCCGGCGCUCACAGGCUUCCCGCGCCGGCUGCGGGGCUGCGCGGCCCCUCCCCGCCCGCUCCCCGCAGCCGCACAAGGGACGCGGGGCUGCGGCUGCCGCUCGGAGGCGGUGGGGAGCUGGGCGGGGGGGGGGGAAAGCUCCGAGGGGCAGCCCAGCGCAGCCCAGCCCCAGAUGCGGAUUUCACGGCUAUUGAAGCAGAAAAACCCUCCCUGUGACAGCUAUGAAAAGAGCACCCGGUCCGCGACCGCAGCCCCCGCAGCUGGGCACAGCACUCCAGAGGAGGGCGUCCUAUGGCUUUGUAUGACCCAGUCCCCUGCCGCCCAGCCUGGAGAGCCCCGGGGAGGCUAUGCCAAAGGACCGGGAGACGGUGCAACAGCCCAAGAUCAGCACUGGGUGUACCGCGUACGUGUAACAGGAGACAGCACGAUCAUCUUACACAGUUGUGUUGUUCAGAGACUUUUAAUACCAAAGAGCAGCUGCCGGAGGCAUUCUGCCUUGGAAGACCAUGACCAGCCUCCGAGGGAAGCACCAACGCCGCACACGGCAUUAAGAAAAGCAAACCCCACCCAACCAGCCCUGGCUCUCCAACUACGCCCGGCCCAGCGAUGCAGCAUGGACAGGGAUUCACUAGGGGCUCCGCGGCAGCAGACCCCCUUCCCGCGGGGUUCCCGGGCUGGGCCGGCGGCACCCUCGGGGACACAUCCCGCAGGCACCCCGCCGGGCGUCUGCCUCUCGCGAGAAGGCUGCCGGCCGUCGCCUAGCAGCCGCCGCAGCGCCAGCAUGGAGCCCGGUGGCCAGCGGCAGCAGCAGCGGAAGCUACAGGGCCCGCGGCAGGAUGCGGCGGAGUUCUACCGAGCCCACCAAGUGCCGCAGCGGCUGGAGGAAGCGCUGAACGCCCUCUACCCGCUGCGCCCCGCCGACCUCUACGGGGAGCUGGCUAACUACUUUUCUAACAUUUCAAAAGCUCCAGUAAUAUGCAAAGUAGUUGGAAGACAAGUUCUUGAUGGUGUUGGUCAGCCAACAUUAGAAGUGGAAAUAUACUGUACAGUUAAAAACUAUGAGAAGAGGAUUUGUUCCAUCAUAAUGUCUUCUCAUUCUCAAAUACCUGAGAAUGCUUCACCUAAAACAACUGAAGCUGAUGAGAAAGAAAGGAAUGAGUCUGUUACCACUGCCAUGAUGUGGGUCAAUGAAUCACUGAACACAAUGUUAAAAGACUUGGAGCCUACUGACCAGUAUAAAGUUGAUCAGAUGCUUGGUGAAUACUUUACUGAAAAGGCAGAAGAAAACAAGGAAAAUCAAAAGCAAGCAGAAGAAGAAGCAGAAGCAGAAGCCACCCUUCCCCUUUCUUCAGGCGCUCCAUCAGCAACUGCACUACCUGGGAAGAAAAAAGCAGCAAAAGCAGGAAAGAAGGUGUCAGUUGCAGAGAAGCCAAUCCCACCUGCAGAACCUGCUGAACCAGUGCUUUGUGGCAGCUUAGCCAUCGGGGGAACAUCACUUGCUGUAGCUAAGGCUGGUGCCACCGUUAGCCAUACUCCAUUGUACUUAUAUAUCACACUCCUGAAGCAUGGCGUGGAUUCACCUGCAGAGAUGGCUCUACCACUCCCAAUGGUUACUGUCUUGCACUGUGAAAAAAUGUCAUCUGCAAAACUGAAAUUAUCAAAAGAAGUUAUGCUCAUACCAGCAGUUCAGUUAUCACUCAAACAGGGCUUAGAAAGAGUUCUGGAUAUUCAGAAAGAAAUGAUAAGACUAUUUGAGCCUCCAGGCAAAGAGCCCAGUCCUCAAUUAUCAGCCAGUAAGAAAGGCAAAGCACACAAUACAGGGAAGAAAGCCUUGCCACAAGCCUUAAAAAGAAUAUCACACUUGGGCUGCCUAAUGAGAGGAUGUGAUAAUCUAGAGCAACCACUACUCCUGAUGCAGACAGCUUGCAACAACAUAGGUCUGGAGCUAGGAACAGACAUGUACUUAGCAAUAAAUUGUGCUGCUCACGAAUUAAUGGAUUAUGAUAAAGGAAAAUAUGAGAUACUCACUGGGACGUUCAAAAGUCCUGAUGAAAUGGUUGACAUGUAUGUGGAACUGAUUGACAAAUUCCCAUUCGUUGUGGCAUUAAUAGAUCCCUUAAGAAAAGAGGACAGAGAACAAUGGAGUAACCUAUGUUGUGCUCUUGGUUCCAAAUGUUACCUGAUUGCUGAAGAUGCUGCCACUUGUAUUUCCAAACUGAAAGUUGACCAAAUGAUAAAUGUGCCAACAUGCAGUGGCAUUGUGCUAAAAUAUGUUAACCAAACCAAGGUAUCAGACCUCAUAGAACUUACAGGACUUCUAGAUGGUCAAAGACAUAUUACCAUAUUAGGAAGUCCAGAUGGAGAAUCUUCUGAUGACAGCCUUGUGGAUCUGGCUGUUGGAGUGGGUGCCAGGUUUCUCAAGUUGGGAGGUCUUUCCCGCGGAGAAAGGGUGACCAAAUACAACCGCCUGCUCGCCCUAGAGGAAGAACUGGCCAAGAAUGGAAGGCUACGUGAAGCAAAUCUGGAUUUCGUUACUUUUGCUGAAGAAUCACAGCCAGAGAAACCUUCUGAUGUGCUCCCUGCCCCAGAGCAGGGUUCAUUGUCUCUGUAG